GGUGGGACAUCGCAUAUGUGUUUGUCAUCUUUUUUGAGUUUCUGAAGUUUGUAUUUGCUCUUUGUCUUUUGCGAGGUGCAGUAUUCAGAACAGUUCAAAUAAGUAUAACAGUGGCGUAAGAAGCCUGCGGACGUAAAAAGGUUGGCAACAGGACUAUUACCUGUUGUUGGACUUGGAGCUGGUGGACGAUCGAUCUACUUCACAAGGCCGGCGCGGCAGCAACGAGGACCAAGAACUAUGAGAAUUAUUAAGCGACAAAAGAAUAAGUCGAAGCCGAGUCGUGUGGACGAGGCUCGGCAUCUUUCUUGCGCAAGAAAUAUUUUAGCGCGACUCUUUCGGUCAACGUCCUGUCGUCCUGGCCCGACGUCCUGUCGUCCUGUCGUGCUGGCCGAUUUUAGCAUAUCUUCAGAAGCAAAUCGCACCAGCGUUGUGCUUAUCCUCGCCAAGCAACCGCGAGAACUACAACUGGGGCUGCAGCAGCAAAUAACUACUAUGCUCCUGCUGAUCUUUUUUACGUCUUGGCUUCUGGCAGCUCCACGACUUCUCGGCGGGUCGUCGUCGUUUACUAUCCCGAGCGUCGAGGCCGCCGUUGCGUCCGGGACAACCGGGCUGUUCGUGCCACCGGAACUAUGGGAUUGUCAGGAUGAUCGAAAUUGACAUAAGUAUAUGCAUGAUAAAAGUAAAACGCAAAAAUACCCAAUAAAUUAUCUGUAUUGGAAGGAGGGCGCGCAAGAAACGAGGGCAAUUGUAACCCUGUUUGGUGGUUGGAGAGUGACCUGCUAAAGUAGCGCGACAAGGGACGCUAAUUUUGCCAAAACAGCAUCACAAACUGGAUUCCGGAGCUCGUAAAUCAAUUUGUCAUUCGCGGCCGCUUGGAAAUUGGGCUUCCAACUGGCGUCGAUUUCGUGUAUCGCAAAGUUUUCACCUUUGUCGAGUUCGAUCCUGGCGCUUCCAUAGGAACAGCUGCUGACGACCGCCCCUGAUAACUACCCUGUAUAUCAAAUGCAAAUACGUCUGGGUCAUCGUCAACUGGAAAGUUGUGAUACUCCUCCUGUUGGGAAGAUAUUGAUCACCACGACGCUUCAGUAUCAGUUGACACCUCAGCGCGACAAGUUUUCAAGCUACGAGACAGCAUGAAAAACUCUGCAUGUAGUUGACAAAACAAGGGGGCUUUGAGUAACCUGCAUGACUGCGUUCUAGGCGAGCGGGUGGACAUAUCUUGCACUGUUCCACAAGGCCGCCCAGACAACAUCUUUGCAAUGCAUACCGACGGUACCUGGGGCACGUGCGGACAUCCAAACCCAGACCCGUGUCACCAUAGCCUGCCGCUCGCACGCCUCGAGGGAGACACAAGUGCGCAGAAACCCGAGGGCGGAAAUACGGUUUGCUACCACUGGAACCUAGACUCCUGGGCCGUGCAAUUCCGAGACCGAAAGCCGAGGCACAUCACUAUGGGAGCGUCCUCAGGAUCGAAAUUGACAAACACAAGGUUAAAGUAGUCGAAAAUAAAUAAAAUUGUCAUGCAUAAAAUGGAUACCAGUCGGAACCCACAUCCAGUUUCUAACUGGCGCGUGACAAAUUUUGGAAGCAUAAUUGCAAUCCAAUUUGUCAUGCUGUGUGGGCACCGAUGAAAACGGCUCCUGUCCUGUGCUACUUUCGCAGCUGCAUCGCAAACCCCGAACAGGCUUACAAUCGGCCACACUUGCCGCGGCCACCCCUGCAAGACAGGCGUAUCAUGCUAUGAAUGCAUUUUAUCUUUAUGUGCAUGAGAAAUUACUUCAACUUUGUCAAUUUCGAUCCUGACGUUCCCAUAGUCACUGGGUUUACCGUGUUCAAGCGGGACAACACUGACAACCACGGGUAUCCUAUCAAAUGCAAAUAUGUAGUCUGGGUCUGGAGAGGUGCGCUUGUUUGUCAUGCAUCUUCUGUAACAGAUAGAUUGCCUGCAAUGCAUGCGCAGCAUUACUACAAGCUUUGCGAAGGCUUUUCAGUGCCUACCCCGCAUGAGAAUUUUGCUAUCUGUGUAGCAAGCAAGUAUUGAUUUGGCAGCAUGAUAUAUUUGGCAAUCAUAACUCAUACAAUUACAGAUUUUUUGUCUGCUCGAGGAUGAGCAUCAAAAGUUUGAGGAACUCUUCCAGACCCAGAGAUGUUUGCAAUGCAUAUGGCCGAUCGAGGGCGCCUCCAUUUACUUGAACGACAGCCCGACGGCGGAGUCUACGAAGACUAUGGAAGCGUCAGAAUCCAAGUUGACAAAGUUGAAAUAAUUUGCAAUGCAUCAAAUCGAUACCCGUUUUUUAAGCACACAGCUUCUAGCAGGCGCAUGACAAAUUUUCCUAGCCUCUGAAGCAAAUACGUCGCGCCGUUUAAUAGCGCAAGAGGGCCUGCCUCUGUCAUGCUAGUGGUCAGCAGCCCAACUAAUGACCCUUGCCAGCACUACAAUCUACCUCUCUUUCGUCCUCUGCAAUAGAAGCAUUCUUUGCGCUGCAGCAUUUUAUGCGUCACAAGUUUUAUAAUUUUCAACUUUCAUCUCAAAGUCUAACAGGUUCCUGUUUUCAUGCAAAUUUCUUGCAUGCAAAAACAAAAAAGAUUUUGUUAUUUUCAACUUUGUCGAUUUCGUUCCUGACGCUUCCAUAAUGGCGCCGAGUUCAGUAUCUGUAAGUGGCACUUUUGUCCCGAUCAACAAGUCGGUCUGGAAAAUAAAACUGGUCGCCGCCUAUGCUAUGCAACUUUGCGGCUUCUGGCUGUACGAGUCCUUGCCAGAUAGUUCUGAACUCAGUGCGACGCGGUAUGGCGCGGGCAUCACUUAUGUCGAUCCGGCGUCGCUGACUGCUUCUGUGACAGGCGAUAAUCAUAUAGGCCAAGGGCCAACCGGUUCCAGACGCAACCCAAUCGACACCCGGGCCGUUGGAGACACGACACCAAGAGACAUCUACGACACUCCAAAAUUCUGCUGGUACGGAGGUUCCAGCAGUGACGGCUGGACAGUGGAAUUUUCGGACGCGCGCCAGCGGCAUGUCGCGGGCUUUGUUAUCUCCAACCGCGAUGGAACGAUUGGCUCCAAUUGGGCCGAUGUGAAACUGUACUUGGAUGGUGCCUAUGCUCUACAAAAGCAUCGCACUAUUAAAAAUGAUCGCGUGACAAGCAAAAUUUCUUAGCAUGAGAAAUGAAAUCUGUAACGCGGAUGUACCUCAAGAAAAAGUUUGUAAAUGCAUGACUGCAAAAAUUACUACGAUGCUUUAACUUUUUCACAGGAUAGCGCCACCGCCCCGAACCACCACGACACGUUCCCUACGGACGUUGGCGUCUGGGGCACCUGGGUUCCGGUGAUAUGGAAUCGUCACGCUAAAAAUUGACGAAGUUGAACACAAAAUCAAAAAACGCGUCAUGCAUAAAAUGCAUACCAGUUGGAACCCAGUUGCUAAGCGGCGCAUGACAAAUUUUGGAAGCGUUAUAAUAUCCAGCUCCAAUUUCAAUUUGUCAUGCUGCUUGGGCAAAGAGGGCUGCUGCUGUCGUGCUACUUUAGCGGCUCUAUCUCUAUCCCUGAGCAGGCUUCUUACAAUCGGCUCCACUUGAUGCCAUCCCUGCACGACAGGCACUUUGUUCCUUGGGUUUUAUGUCUUGCAGAGUAUUGGUUUGAUUUCAACUUUGUCGAUUUCGAUCCUGACCCUUCCAUAGGUGAACAAGCGGGCCUACAAGCUCCAAAUUCUGGGCCGGCGGACGAUCUGUGGGUUCUGGUUGUAUGUGGCACAGAUUGCCUUCGUGUGAGAGUGCACAUCAACCCCCCCUCGUUCCCCGCAUCUGUCAUGCAAAAUGAUCCCCAUUCCAUCUGGUGCGGUGCCUUCUGUGGCGUGAUUUGCAUGACAAAUUCCGAAGCCUGAGCAGUACUACGUACACUGAGCGCGUAAAAAGCUCGAAAGCUUCUGAUGCGCAGGCUUCUCUUGUGUUGAUGCUUGUAUCAGCUGUUCAUGCGAUACAGAGGAGCGUGAAAGGGGGGGUCGUCCACGCUCAUGCUUCGAAGUCGCGUCGGGUCCUCUAGGGACCGGGAUAAGGCCGGUGGGCCAGCCGCUAGAUAUUGCCGGUUUUGUGUCCGGUCUUCAGGCUGGGUCUUACCCCGGUAUUUUCCCUGGAAACGACGAAGGGCAAUGCAAUGCGCCCACGUGGGUGGUGUCCAACCCUGGCUACGGGCAGACGGAUCAACAACAGAAAACCGGGCUCACUGCAAAAAUAGAGGGCAUCGACGGUUUGACCGGCCCGCACCCCUACAUACAGCGGUGGUUCCAGGGCGCCUCGCCCAAAGCUUUCACGCGGAUCGACAUGUUCAUGAACAACGAGUGUUGGGCGCAGAACUUUGGCGCCGAGGAUUUCACAAGCUGCACCAGCAGCUUUCAAAGGAACGGCGUGCCCCUGCAAGUGGGCGUGACAAACGAUUUGUGCACGCCCAGUGGCGGUUGUACCAAUGUCAACGUGUGCAACGAUUUCAGCUACAGCUGCGCAAACAACUGCGGCUCGGGCGCCAUACCGGGCGGCAUGUACCAAUACAACACGAACUCGGGCACCCACCCGGCACAUUACCCCGGAGAUGGUACCAAAAUUCCAAAAUGGUGGAAGCGCAUUCGGGCGGACUGCGCCGGGAAAGAGGGCCGCUCUUUCGUGAUCUGGCGACCGCCCGCCUCCGGGAAGGCGUCCCGCUUGGGCGGCUUCGUGGUGGAUUUCGAACAGCCCACGGAGGUCUCCUCCUGGUCCUCCUCCUCCUGGGCGUCCAACUCUUGGCGGAUGAACUUUGGCGCCAGCGUCGCUCUCAGCGGCCUCGUGUUGCACGUGCGGCCCGCCCCUGAUCCUGAUCCUGAUCCUGAUACCGUCGACGAUACUUCGUAUGCCAACGUGGGGACCAUGGCGAUCGGCCUGGGCACGGCGUCCGAUCAGCAACUGGUGCUGCACCCUGGCGACACGCUUGCCUCCCUGUCCGCGGUUACUGCAAGUGGCCGAGCCGCCGGGUACUCCGUCGCAAUCCAGUUUAAACCGGCUCUCCAUGUUGAGUCCGGUAAUUACCUAGUCAUUUGGCAGGUGAACAACCACAACGCGCUCUGUGCUGUCACGCCGUACGCGUGGUGGCUACGGCACCGCGCGCACACCCAGAUUGCACCCAAUCUCCUGACCGCUGCUCAGUCGAGCACGCAAUCCGAUUACGCAAGCCAGCUCCCGACGCUCCCGCUGACCUAUGUGAGCGGGGAAAGUAAGUACGGCCUGGCCGGGCAAGUGCUGUCAUAG